AUGCCGCUGUGGAUAGAGUCGCAGACCUUUCAGCACUCUGGACAGCGCUCUGCACCGGUGCCCGGGGCAUGUGCGCUGAGCUGUGACCACCGGUGGCACGAGCUGCACACGGUGCACACGGGCAGAGGGCAUGGCCGACUCCCCACCGCGUCUUUCGCUCUAAUUGUUGCCAGGAUGAACAUUCCGGAGUUUCUACUUCAAGUGUCCAUCGUGGCUAUAGGGGUCGUAUCUCUCUUGACCAACUUCUCGGUCGUGCUAUGUUUCACUCAAAGCUCCGAGCUCAGGUCCCACGUCCCUGCCAUCUUCAUCCUAAACUUGUCUUUUUCUAACAUCCUCCUGACUGUCAUCAACAUGCCGGCCACUUUGCUUGGUGUGGCUCAAGGCGAUAAGCCAUUCGGGGACUUGUUCUGCCGGGGGGUGGCGUGUGCAGAGACUUUCCUCACUACUAAUGCCAUGUGGAGUAUGGCUGCACUGAGUAUGGACAGGUGGAUAGCUGUGGUGUUCCCUCUCAGUUAUUCGAGUAAAAUGCGUUACAGAGACGCGCUUCUCAUAGUCGCGUACUCCUGGCUGCACUCGGGGACCUUCUCCCUGACACAGCUGCUCAUGGACUGGGGCGGCUUCAGCCACACGUACGCGUCCUGCACCGUACACCUGGACUCAGACGCGGCUUCAUCCAGGAGCAGCUUUGCAACUUUCACUGCAGUGUUUCACGGCAGCACCUUCGCGGUCUGCCUGCUGGUCCUCUGCUUUGCCUAUGUCAAAGUGUUACGUGUCGCAAGAUUUCAUUGCAAAAGAAUAGAUGUCAUCACGGUGCAGACUCUGCUUCUUCUGGUCGACAUCCAUCCUAGCGUAAAGGAGCGGUGUUUAGCCCAGCAGAAAAAGAGGAGACAGCGCGCCACAAAGAAGAUUUUCAUCUUUAUCGGGUCUUUCGUCCUUUUCUUCUCACCUUAUGUACUGACAAGGUUGGUGGAGCUGUUGCCAUCAGUGUACAUUCCGAGAUACUGGGGCAUCUCCUCUAAAUGUCUGACAUAUGCCAAGGCGUCCACAGACCCGUUUGUGUACUGUCUCCUGAGGCAGCAGUACAGGAGAGCUCUGGUCAGCGUCAUCUGCAGAAUCCUGAGGCAAGACCAUUACAAGCUGUCGGCCCACAGCGCUCACAGCAGCACCCUGGACACCACUGAGGACAACUAUAGCUGGUCCGCGCCUCAGCGGCCCUGCUCGCCCCAGGAUGAACUUUACGGAAGAUGCAACAAUUACGUCUUUGAAGAAAGAUCUCAAUGCACAGAGAUGAAUCUGGGUUACUGCACUGAUCUGGAAUAUUCAAGAACUAUAUUCCCAAACAUCCUGGGACACCGGACUCGAGUAGAAGCAGAGUCUGGAGCAGAGUACCUACUCUUGAGUGUCAUUCAUGGGCUAUUGAAUGGAGAAUGCUCCCCUGAGCUCCGGCUGGUGGGCUGCUCUGUUCUGGCCUCUCCGUGUCAAAACAACCGCAUGGUCAAACCCUGCCGCAGCUCCUGCGAGGCUCUGAAGAAGGACUGCGCUCACGCUUUUGAGGCCAUUGAAAUGGCUUGGCCCUACUUCCUUGACUGUGACCGAUUCUUUGGCAGUGAUCAAGAGGGCUGCUUUGAUCCUUUAGCUGGACUGAGAGCCAGACAGGAGCUCGCGCUGUCCAGUCUGUCUCCAGAGGAACCCAGCACUAUCAUCCAGUUCACGUACACGUCCAAUGCACAGAUGUACAGCCUGCUCAGAAGAACCGCAGCCAAGUGCUCCCACAUCUCCCACGUCUACAGCAUCGGCCGCAGCACAGAGGGCCGAGAUUUACUGGUUAUUGAAUUCUCCAAGAACCCAGGGAAACAUGACUUAUUGGAGCCAGAGAUUAAGCUGGUCGGCAACAUGCACGGGAAUGAGGUUUUGGGCCGUCAAAUGAUUUUAUAUUUGGCUCAGUACCUGUGUUCCGAGUACAUCCUGGGGAACCAGCGCAUCCAAACCCUUCUCAACUCCACGCGCAUCCAUCUGCUGGCCUCUAUGAACCCUGACGGAUACGAGCUAGCCGCCUCCGAGGUAGAGGAUAGCAGUGACCCGGAGCUCAGCAACCAUGAAGGACACUUGCUCAAUGGUUGGACAAAUGGCCGAACCAACGCACAGAACAUAGACCUGAACAGAAACUUCCCCGACCUCACCUCCGUCUACUACAGAAACCGCCGCAGCAGACACUAUCGCACCGACCACAUUCCCAUUCCAGACGCAUACUGGUUUGGAAAGGUGGCGCCAGAGACUUACGCAGUCAUGAAGUGGAUGAGGUCCCUGCCUUUUGUGCAGUCUGCCAGUCUUCACGGAGGAGAGCUGGUUGUGUCUUACCCCUUUGACUUCUCCAGACACGUCCACGAAGAGAGGAUGUUCUCCCCCACACCGGAUGAGCAGAUUUUUAAACAGCUGGCUCGUACCUACGCGGAUGCCCAUGCCACCAUGUCCAACAACGACACCAAUAGAUGUGGCGCCUCCUUUCAGCGAACCAGAGGCAUCAUCAAUGGAGCAUUGUGGUACAGUUUUGCUGGCGGUAUGUCCGACUUUAACUACUUACACACUAAUUGCUUUGAGAUCACGGUGGAGCUUGGCUGUGACAAGUUUCCGUCGGAGGCAGAGCUGUACCCCGAGUGGAAAAGUAACAAGGAAUCACUGUUGAGUUUUAUGGAGUCUGUCCAUAGAGGUGUGAAGGGAGUCGUACAAGAUCUUGAUGGGAACGGAAUAAAAGGUGCAACAAUCUCUGUGAGAGGAAUCAGGAAAGACGUAGCAACAGCUGAGGAUGGAGACUAUUGGCGAUUGCUGAACCCAGGAACUCACAUCUUAACUGCCGCAGCAAAAGGCUUUUCUAAAGUCACAAAGAGGGUCCACAUACCACACAACAUGAACAAAGCAGGACGUGUGGAUUUUGUCUUGGAGAAGGUGCCGGUGGAGCCAGACAUUGAUGACCACUUAUUCCCGACAGACGACACGUGGGACAGAUUUGACCCUUACAAUCAGUUUGAGCGAGUCACAGAACCGGGUCUCGGAGAAGAGAUCGAGCGGCAGGAGAAACCCUGGUGGUGGACUUACUUUUCCCAGUCUGGCAUCACACCUCCAAACUGGCUGCUCCGACACAUUUAG